AUGGCCCGGACCGUCAGCGAAUUCUCAACGUGCUCGCCCAGCGGAGAUACCGUAAAGGAUCCAUGCAUAUCACUUACCGUCACAUACUCACACUGUUUAGGUCAGCGUAAGCGAGAGCGGCUGCACUCUCUGGAAAGGAGACUUGACGCCAGACUGGUCACUACAAACGCUAUGUCCGCUUCCGGUGGAGAAAUACAGCCUCAGCACCUAAUGCAACCUCCGCUUCUGAGGCCAGGAAAUCCUGGCACGCCCAAUGAACCUCUCUAUGAUCUGCAUCCAGAUUCCAUGAUUGGAGCUUGUAACGCGUCCUUUACGUACCUCGCGCCGCCGUAUGAGUCGGCGUGUAAUACGUCGUCAGAAAUUUCAUCACUAUAUGUGAGGGAUCAGUUCCGAAUCAACACUCCUCUACCUUAUGGUAUGGCCCCUGGCAACUUUAAAGUCGCCCCUCCUGCUGUAGUUAUGCUUACUGGAUUGGUUUAUAGGCACAGAACUCCAAGAUCUGGAAACUUCCCAGUUCACAUUCCUAUCGGAGCAUGCAAUUGA